AUGGGACAGGUGUGGGUGUAUCCACCCAUUAAUGUGGGCACACCCUGGAAUGCCCACCCGAAGCGGAGGGCAUCACCCAUAUCUGAUGGGAUCACCCAGACAGUUUCCAGCCAGCACCCAUGGCACCCACCACAGGUGGCUACACCCAGCGUGCUUCCCGACUGGGUAUGUGGAACACCCACCUACUGUGGGUCCUCCCCCGCCUUCCCUCAGAACCCGCCGGGUACACCCACGUGCCUGUCGAUCAGGAUAGGCAUCCCUAUCAGAGCGUAUCUAAUUCCGCAGACUCACUAUAUACCAAUCCAUGCUCAUGCUCUCACCCAUUGGAUAUGUUUUGACGUGUCACUCUUCGCCCAGCAGGCUGGCUGGAAGGACAAAACACCAAAGAAGAAUCUGCAUUUAAAUAAAUACAUUAUCAUCAUUAUCAGCUUUCAUGUCGAAGCUCCGAGCAAGGUUCUGGAAACCUCUGCUGUGUCCAGCUCAUCCACUCUUUCGAUACCCAAAUUCUCUUCACCUAUUUUCCUCACAGGGGAACAACGUCCUGAUACCCAAACACAUCUGAUUGUUCGCCCUUCGGUUGUUCCUUCCUUCGAGGAAAGUUUCCAAGAGGGCCAACAUGCCCAGUCCUCUGCUUAUAAUUCUGUUGCUCCCAGUGAAAAAUCAUCUUUGCCUUCUGUUGACGAUAGACUAUCACGCCGAUCGACCGAUUACGAAUCUCGUGACCUGGUUCCUCGUCCUUUCGACUUUCAAUCUAUGGAGAAUAUUUUCCCUGGCAUUACUGAGUAUCUUGCUCGUAAUGUUAGCUACUCUCGUCCUGAGGCUGUCAAGGGCGAUAGUUCCCCCGUUAGGUCAAGUCUUUUCCUGGUGGCCAUAGAAAAACUGACAAGCAAAAGAUCGGGGCCGAGGCAUCCUGCUCAGCGACUUCUAUCCUCUGGCGGGUUGGACGCGUCGACAGCACCCUCGACCUCCUCCCAUGGAUCAGUCCAUUCUGAGUUGAUUCCGGUCCAUGAAGGCGCUAUAGUGACACCGCUAGAUAAGGGCAAACGAAAGCGUGAUCCUUCGGAAGAGCUUUCCGACAACGACAUUUCUUCGAACGCUCCACCGCCUUCCAAACUUGUCGACAACAGAUCUUCCCAUCCGCCACCUUCAAAGUACAUCGACAAUAUUUCAUUUUCCGUCCUUCCUUUACCACUUCGUGAUGAAGUUACACCAGACAAUACUAAUUGCCAUUUAUUAAUUAGCUCGUUGGAAGCUCGAACAUACCGAUCCUUCAUCAACGGCUCUCGGGCCUCACCUCGUCAAGUUAUUGCCGUCCGCCCGGCGACCGGACUCAAACCACGGUAUACAAUAUGUGUCGCCGAGUUUGACGCCGUGGCGACAAUGACAACGGUGUUGAGGCUAUCGACCUCUUUCUUAUCGGUUGGUCAAGCGGCUGGAGGAGGGACGAGGGAGAAAGGCAUCUCCGGUAUGAUUGUUCGUGGGGAAGCCGAACGACUUGCGUCGUUCACCUGCAUGGUCAUGCAGAAGUCCGCUCUAUCUGUUCAGAUCCGUGCAGGCGUUGUCACCUUUUCCACCAAUCGCGAGAUUAAGGAAGCAAAUCCAGAAAACUUGCAGACUUCUAACCCUUGCUUUCCUACCCCUACUGCUCGUGCCGCGCCUCCAGUCGGGUUAGUUGGUCGUGACCAACUCGACUUCAAUGACACCAUACCUAUAUACGACGGUAGGAGCACCAAAUGGACGUACGAAGAAUGUAUGGCUCGCUUGGAAAAACUCCCCCGCUUCCCGCAAUUGGAAAUCCCUCACGAUUCCAUGGUUCUGGUUGGGUACAACGCAGUCUCUUAUAUCAAGAAGGAUGGCGGGGACGGACUGAGCUUGAAUAUACGUUGGGUCAUCGUCUUGGGGGAUCACGUUCCGCGCAAACUUUCAAUAUACGACUAA